AAGAGACGCGUGGGAUGAACUCUCUGGGAGUCUGGCCUCCCUCCACAUUACUUGUGGAGAUCCCAGAGGAGGUAUUUAGGAAGAGAGACAGGACCAGAAUAGGACAGAGCUACUGCAGAUCACUGCUCACAAGUUGGAGUAAGAGAGAUGUCACAGUUUCAUCGAGGGAGGUGGAAAGAAACAGUGAGUUGCAGCAAGUUUAAGAGAGAGAAUGAGAAAGAGAGAAAGUGCACUGGCCCCUUGAAUCUGCCCAAUUACCUCACUGUGGGGGCGGACUCUCUCCUCCCCUUCCCCCCAUCUCCCCCUUUGCUGGUUAAAAGGGUGCAUGGCUGUCCUGCCCCCUUGUUCGUUGCUGUGGACCCCGUGUUGAUCAAACACACACACACACCACACACACACACACAGGAGGAAGCAGAGGAGAGAGACAUGCCACUCAAUGUAGUACUGGAAGGGCCAGCCCCCUGGGGGUUCCGACUGACGGGAGGCAAGGACUUCAACCAGCCCCUGACCGUAUCCAGGAUUACUCCGGGCGGCAAGGCGUCCAUGGCCAAUCUGUGUCCGGGAGACCUGAUCCUGGCCAUUGAGGGGGAGGCGGCUGUGGACAUGCUGCACUGUGAUGCCCAGAACAAAAUCAAGGAGGCUACUUACCAGCUCAACCUCAGCGUGGAGAGGCCAGAAAUCAGACUAUGGUCACCUCAAGUCGCAGAAGAUGGCAAAGUGAACCCUUUCAAAGUCAAUCUGGAAGCAGAGCAACAGGAGUUCAAACCCAUCGGUACUGGCCACAACCGCAAGGCUCAGCCUUUCGUGGCGGCAGCAAACAUCGACGACAAACGUCAGGUGGUCAGUACAGCCUACAACACGCCCAUAGGACUGUACUCCUCAGGCAACAUCCAAGAUGCGAUGCAGGGACAGAUGAAGGGUCUUGUCCUCGACAAACCUGAGGGCAGCAGGACCUUGACCUCCAUCGAGGAGUCUGAUGUGUACCGCAUGCUGCAGAAGGACCAGGAGGAACCCCAAGAACCUCGACAAUCAGGCUCCUUCAAAGCCCUGCAGGACUUUGUCGACAGUGAUGGAACUCGCCCCAUUGUGACAAGGACAGUCAGAGCUCCCACGACUAAGCCAGCUCCACCCAUUGGCAACCUUCAGAAGCUGCCUCUCUGUGACAAGUGUGGGAACGGCAUUGUGGGGACAGUAGUGAAGGCCAGGGACAAAUACCGCCACCCCGGCUGCUUUGUGUGCACUGACUGUGACGCCAACCUUAAACAGAAGGGCUACUUCUUCGUGGAGGGGGAGCUUUACUGUGAGACCCAUGCCCGAGCUCGUACGAGACCCCCGGAGGGUCACGACCUCAUCACCACUUACCCUUCGGCAUAGAACCUCAACAUCCUGUACUCUCACACCUGCAGUGCCCUCACACACACGCACCCUCCCACUCUCUCUCUUUGACUCACACCAACACCCUACCUGUGUCUGCAUACCCUCCCUCUGUCUAACUAGGAUGCCAGGGAAAACCUGUUUUUACUUGUACUUGCAUUUUGUUAUCAUUUGAAUGCUGUGUUUUUCACAUAAUCUUGAAGUGCACUUGAAAUACACUUGUCUCUGCUCUCUUCCUUUAAAUAAAAGGGUGUUGGCCCAUACUGUGGUAACCACAGAUGUAAUAAUUUA